UGAUGUUCACAUGAUCGACAUUGUGAGCAGUAAAGCUGGGGAAAAACAGACGUCUGCACAGGCUUAGAAGUGACUCCAUGCUGAUACCACAGUUUUUCUAGUUUUUCACACGUUUUUCUCUAGUUUGAUGAUGGACAACCAAUGCGAAGUGGAUUUAGAGGAGCUGUGUCCAGUGUGUGGAGAUAAGGUUUCUGGAUACCACUAUGGUGUUCUCACCUGUGAAAGCUGUAAGGGCUUCUUCAAAAGAACUGUGCAAAACAAGAAGACAUAUGUUUGUGUGGAAAAUCAACAGUGCAAAAUUGAUAAAAGUAGAAGAAAAAGAUGCCCUUUCUGCAGAUUUCAGAAGAGCCUUAAUGUUGGAAUGCGGCUUGAAGCUGUCCGUGAAGAUCGAACAAGAGGAGGCAGAAACAAGUUUGGCCCCAUGUACAAGUAUGAUCGUGCCCUCAAGCAGCAGAAAAAGGCCUUGAUGCAAGUCAGAAGAUUGAGACUAGAAGGCAUCCCUCCUUUAGUUUCUUCUACCAACCAAAAAGAAGUUACUUUUACAAGCGACAGCCACUCAAUUACUAUCCUUCAAAACACCAUACUAAACACAAACCAACUUCCUUCUGUAUCUUUGUCCCUGCCCUGCAACUCAUCUGGUGUUACGGAGCACCAAAGCACCUCUCCAUCUAACUGGGCUGUGAAGUUAGAGCACUGCAACAAUUCUGCAGAUUUGGCAGCCUUUGCUGAGGCAGUCCUUGGUCCACAUGACACAUCCUCCAGAUCUGGUUCUACCCUAGCUCCAAGGAUCCCCCAGCUUGUGGCAGAGUUUCUGCGCUGUGAUCCACAUGAGUCACAGCUGCAGGAAAAUAUAUUUUCUUGCCUGCAGCAGGAGCAAACCUGUAGGUACAGAGAGCCCAGCACUUUCAGCUCACUGUAUGCCAUGGCUGACCAGCUGUUGUGCUCCAUUGUGGAGUGGGCUCGUACAUCCAUCUUUUUCAAGGAACUUCAGGUCUGUGACCAGAUGAAGUUGCUGCACAAUUGCUGGAGUGAGCUGUUGGUUCUGGAGAUAGUCUCGAGACAAGUUCUUUAUGGCAUUGAGGGUAGUCUUCUACUGAUCACUGGGCGGCAGGUGGAGCUGUCAUAUAUAAUCUUUCAUGCUGGCCCAGCUUUUGCCUACCUGGCCCAAAGAGGGGCAGAGCUUGUAGAGAAGCUUCGAAUGCUGAAGGUAGAUCGUCAAGAAUUUGCUUGCACCAGGUUUCUUAUCCUGUUUAACCCAGCUGUGAAGGAGCUUGAAGAACACCAAUUUGUAGAAAGUGUGGAGGAGCAGAUUAGAGGAGCCCUGCUGGAGUACACACUGACAACCUCAUCUCAGUACUGCAACCGUUUCAAUCUCCUGCUACUGUGUUUGUCUGAACUACGCUCCCUCAGUACUCUGGUUGAAGAAUACCUUUACUGCAGACAUCUGAGUGGUGAGGUGCCCUGCAACAACCUGCUCAAUGAGAUGCUACACGCCAAGUGCAACUGGACAUGA